AUGGAGUGCCGUAUUCAGACGCCGCUCGGAGCAGCCGUGGGACGAGCACAAGUGGCCUGGCAGGAGCUGAGGACAAAGCAGCAGCAUGUGGCAAGUGCCAGCCGCCUGGUGCUCGGGGAACAGUCCCCCGCGCCCGCGUCUCCGCCGCCCGCGCUCUGCAGUGGCCAGUGCUCCCCAACAUCCAUCCGCUCCUGCUGGUCCUGCCGGGUCCUCCCUCCGGCCUGGCACCUCCUUCCCUCAGCCAGCCGCGGGCUGCUCUGCCCUCAACACACCACACAGCCCCAACCCGGCCCGGGCAGCCCCUCUGCCCGCAGCAGUCGCCCCACACCAGCCCCGCCGUGUCACCCGUCUCGGCUCACAGCCACCACCCCGAGGCCCCACCACACGCCCCCACCCCGAGGCCCCGACCACACGCCCCCACCCCGAGGGCCCCCCGACCACACGCCACCACCCCGGGGGCCCCCCGACCACACGCCACCACCCCGGGGGCCCCCCGACCACACGCCACCACCCCGGGGGCCCCCCGACCACACGCCACCACCCCGGGGGCCCCCCGACCACACGCCACCACCCCGGGGGCCCCCCGACCACACGUCACCACCCCGGGGCCCCCCGACCUCACGCCACCACCCCGGGGCCCCCCGACCUCACGCCACCACCCCGGGGCCCCCCGACCACACGCCCCCACCCCGAGGCCCCGACCACACGCCACCACCCCGAGGGCCCCCCGACCACACGCCACCACCCCGGGGGCCCCCCGACCACACGCCACCACCCCGGGGGCCCCCCGACCACACGUCACCACCCCGGGGCCCCCCGACCUCACGCCACCACCCCGGGGCCCCCCGACCUCACGCCACCACCCCGGGGCCCCCCGACCACACGCCACCACCCCGAGGGCCCCCCGACUACACGCCACCACCCUGA